CUAGUGUUAAGUAACAUGAUUGUAAAUUCUACUGUAGGCAUGACGCGUAUGUUUAUUCCUUGUAAUUAAACUUGGGACGAAGAAGAAUUUAAAACUAUGUUAAACACCUUAGGUAAAUAUUUGUCAUAUUUUAACAUAAGUGUAGACAAACCCUAAAAUAACUGACAGAGAUAAGAAGAAACCUUUUACUUUCCUCUAUUUUUUCCUAUCUCAGAUGUCCAAUGCCAAUGAUUUAAAUGUCCACACUGUUAACUAUUUCACUGCUCAAAGAAUGUAAGAAAAGAGGGAGAGGAGGGUCAUAUUAAGAAGAUCUUUAUGACUGCCAGCUCAUUCUGAUGCUACGGGAAGAAAUUUUGGGAAAUUAUUGCCAAUUUUCCCCCCAAUCAGGAAGGAGCCACACCCCAAAAACCCAGCAGAACCCAGAAACCUUCCCUGAUCAUAUUUUUAGCAUUGAACAAUCUAUUCUGAGGGGCAAUUGAACGGGUCAGACAUUUUUCAUAGAAAGGGUUUUUCAUGUCAGACUGUUUCAUUUACAAACGCAAACAGGAGCUACAGCUUAUGUUUUCUAGAUCAAAGUAUCCAUCGGUACCGAGAAGCUGCCUUCUUUCAUGAUUUUAAACAAAUAAAAUAAAGGACUAUUUCAUCUUUUUCAUAUAAUAACGUCAAUAGCAGUAAUGCAUAUUAUGUACUAAUACUCACAUCAUGGAAUAACAUCAAAAAUGUAAAUGAAAAGCCCUAUCAAAUAAAAUAAAAAAUUCUAAAUAAAAGUUUUAAAAUGCCAAUAUAAUUUUUUUUUCUAAAGCCAAACAUUUUCCAGAAUCCAAUUUGGAAGAAAAUUUCAAAUAUAUUGGCAUGUAUUCUGAUUCGGAACGAAAAUAUUUCGAAAUGCCAAAACUUCCGGCGAAACGGAAAUUUGGAAUUCUGACCAGCUCUAAGUGGCAUCUAAUGUUGGCAUCUCAAAUCAGUGAGAGUUGGUUUGGAGGCGGAUUGUGGGAGAAUACCACUACUAUUUUCUCUCUCCCUCCUCGGCUCAAAUCCUGGUCAUCAACAGGGAGUGGUUGCUGCCCAUCCAAACCACCCAUGCCAGAGCCUCACUCUCAUAAGCCACGCCUCUUAUUUUGGCAGACGUCAAGCCUCUGUCUGGAAUACUGCAGAAUAUUUCAAGCACAGCAGCUGAGCGGCGGCUUGGCUCUGCACAAGGGUUAUAGAUACCAUCUGACCCUUUCUCUCUCCAGCAUUUAAUGACAGAGCUGAUUAGACUCACUUGAGAGUCUUGUUAUGGAUCACUAGAGUUGAGAUCACUGAUAGCCAGGUACAUGCUAAGUCUUACAGCUACUGUGGUGAAAGAGACUGCCCAGCCUACACUAGCAGAGAGGCUCCCCCAUUAAGAACUGAGUAAGGCCAACAACCAUGAGUGGGAUGCGGUAGAGGAAGAGGGGAGCGGCGUGUUAAAGGAACAUUUGUUUGCUGGACUUUCACACCGCAAGGUGAGGAACUGAGGUGAAGGAUACUGCCUAGCGUACUCUGGGCUGAAACAAGGAGAAAGAGCCAAUGCUCUGUGACCAGCUAGCUCUCUGCUGAGCCUCACCGAUCAGCAUGCAGACCACCCUCUGAGAUCCUCUGAGCUACACAAUUUUACCAUGUGCCAGUCGAUACUGAUUGCAGCCAGAAGAUACAGGAAAGCAAUGUGCCCCACUUGCUACAUGGAGAAUAGAGGAGAGACAGCUAAGGCACUUCCUAACUCUGCAGGCUCACAGACAAAAAACAGACCAGAUGAAUCUCACUUCUGGCUUUUCCGUAUCCUCUGGAAAUACAGAUUAGUCAUGGUCCUGUUUCUGGUUUUUCUCAUUAUUGCUGUUAUUGUUUUGGCAGUGGUUAGCAGUAGGCCCUGCCCAAAUCAUGCCACUACCACAUGUCCAGUCAAUUGGAUCGGGUCCCAAGGGAAAACAUACCCAUGGAAAUGCUACUAUUUCUCAAAAGUCGAUGGGGAUUGGAACUCCAGCCAGAGAAACUGCUCUUCGCUCGGUGCCUCCCUGGCUACAGUUGACACCCGGGAGGAAAAGGAGUUUAUGCUGCACUAUAAGGGACGCUCAGAAACCUGGAUUGGCCUUACCAGGGACCAAGCAGACAAGCCCUGGAAAUGGGUAAAUGACACCCCAUUCAAUGACCAGUUUCCAAUAAGGGGAGGAGGUGAAUGCGCGUAUCUGAAUGACGACAAAGGUAUCAGCAGCUCAAGAUGUAGCACAGGGAGACGCUGGGUCUGCAGCAGGCCAGCCUGAUGCACAAAGCCACGGCAAAAGGCAAUGCAAGGCCUUUGGAAUGAGGGAGAGUGAUUAGUCGUCAUUUGGCUUUCUGAACUGGAGAUAUUGACCACUGUCGACUCACUGAGGACUGGUCCAAACCUGUGUUUCGAUGGAAAACUGGGCUGGGAAAUGUAGUUCUCGUAGAUUCUGAGGCCAGAAGGGACCACUGUGAUCCCCACUCCUAGAUGGGAGACUGCGGUGCAUUGUGGGAGACGUAGUCUGACCGAGAGGCCUGGCAUGUAGAGGAGAAUGGGAGCAUGAGGAAACAGAACUACAUCUCCCAUGAGGUACCACAGCAGCAUUUCUAAAUC